CGCCCCCCACACGAGAGACCCGCCCCCCCUGCCCGAGCCAUGGCCGCCGACAACACGGACGAGCGGUCGCCGCUCCUCUCCGUGAACAACUCCGGCAAUGUCACUCCGUCGGCGCCCACCUUCGACGAGGGCGCCAAUGCGGUCGGCUUUCCAGGCUUUCCGGGGGGCCCGCCCCCCAUCCUCCCCGGCGAGGCGCCCCCUCCGUACACGCCGACCACGAGCCCGGACUCCGGAGGGGUGCCCAUGAUCACGUGCCGCGUGUGCCAGUCGCUCAUCAACGUGGAGGGGAAGCUCCACCAGCACGUGGUCAAGUGCAGCGUGUGCAACGAGGCCACGCCGAUAAAGAACGCUCCCCCGGGCAAAAAGUACGUGCGCUGCCCGUGCAACUGCCUCCUCAUCUGCAAGGUGACGUCACAGCGCAUCGCCUGCCCCCGGCCCAACUGCAAGCGGAUAAUCAACCUGGGCCCCGUGACGGUGGCGGCUGCCAAUCAGUCAUCGCAGCCGUUCGGCACUCGCGUGGUGUGCGGACACUGCAGCCAGACGUUCAUGUGGGCCGAGUAUCGAGAUAACACUUUGGCCAAGUGUCCGCACUGCAAGAAAGUGUCGUCGAUUGGAAGGCGGUUUCCACGGCGACGCUGCUGCAUCUUCCUGGUGCUUGGACUCAUUGCUGUCGCGAUCGGAGCCGGAGUCACGGUGGGCACGGAGAAGAUGGCGCGUGAGCACCGUGGGAUAUACGCCGCGUGGAUUCUGAUCUACGUGAUCGGUCUGGCCGUGCUGCUGCGAGCCUGCUACUGGGGCUGCCUCAAGGUGAGCCAGCCGCAGCCCGCGCUGCCCUGAAGCCCUCCGGCCGCAGCAGCAGCAACAGCAGCAGCGCCACCGCCACCACCGCCGCCGUCAGCCACCAAGACCGGGCUGCAACCGCUAUUACGGCUACAACAACGACCGCAACCACCGCAGCUGCUUACGACCGUAAACGUGUUCAACCUGAACGUGCGCGGCCACCCGCUCGUGCCAUCGCAGGCGCCCUUGCCGAGUUUGCCAAUCGUUUUGUGUUUGUCGGCGCGGGUGAGCCGACGCCGGGGCAGCGGUGGCUGUUGCCGUCGGCGCGUCAGCGCUGUGUCACCGCGGACGACACCGGAGCGUACCGCCACCGUCGCUGUUUUGGCAACGGCGCCGCCGCCGUUACCGGUGGCACCGCUACGACUUGCUGGCAACACGUAGCAACACAACAACCAAUAUGUUCAACACCACUUGCAACCGCUAUCAUCACCGUUACCAGCAACCAUUGCCACCGCAACCACCGUCUUCAUCGUCAUCACCAUCACCACAAUCAAUAUCUUCACCAGCACCAUAAGCAACAUCACCACCAUCACCACCGCCAUAACUAAUAUCAUUACCGUUACCACCGCUAUAACAUAAAUAACAUGUAUACCGUCACCAUCAGAAUCAAUAUCAUCGCCAUGACCACCACAACCGGCAGUCGCCACCAUCGCAGCAGUCACCGUGAGCACGGCACGAGCUCUGACCCCCACCAGCGUGGCAAGGAA